AUGAAAUGCAUAUUACAGUGGCCUGUACGAGAAAACGUCGCUGUUGCCGCCUUAGCAUUAUGUGUGAUCGGGGAAGCCUGUAUCUCUCCCAAUUUGGCUGUCCUGGGCGUCACGCAGUUAUCCAAAUGUGAGCACAACUGUGAAUUAUUCAUGCACAUGUUAUAUUUAUCACGGAACUGUGGCGCGUUCCUCGUGAACACACUUCUAGCGUUCGAGAUUGGCCUGUCCAACAAGGGAGAAUACUGGAAGAAUUUUUUGCCGAGUUUAGUGGCGACGGCCUUAGCGUUCGUUAUUUACUUGACUGGACUAAGGAUAUUCAAAUUGGAUACGAAGUCUGAAGCGGGUUCUGAGACAUGCAGAAGUUUUUAUUUAUUGGCCAGUCAUGUUGGUUGGCUAAAGCAAUCCCGGACAGAGCAGAGUUAUACCCUCACAUCUCAUAUUCAAGACAGAAAAGAAACAGCUUUUGACAAUCUAAAAAAGCUUGUCAAGAUAGUGCUGGUGAAUUCCUCAGUCUUUGGCUUCAACAUUAUAUACUCACAGAUGUUAACAACAUACGGAAUCCAGGCCGACAGCGUGCUCUCUCCGCAGCACAUCCGGGCACCUUGCGCAUUCAUGUCUAGCUUCAAUGACACCACGGUCAUCAUCCUGGUGGCAGUCAUCCUGGCCAUGUUCAGCUCGAGACUUCGGUGGAGGAAACUAAAAGUGGACUUGUUUUCAAGAAUGGGUAUUGGUUUGGUGUGUGCUGUAUUAUCAGCCUUUGUUGCCAUUGUCCUGGAGUUCGAGAGAAAGAAGGACUGCAAAGCAAACCAUGGAGUUUCUUCGUUAUCGGUUUUUGUUCUCAUUCCCCAGUACGCAAUGAUAGGAUUGGGAGAAAUAUUGACAUUGGUAUCAGGGAUGCAGUUGGCGUACCUGGGCGCCCCUAAAGGACUUCGGUGCACGUCGCUGGGGCUUCUGAAAACUGCUUUAGGUCUGGGGGAUUUCACUGCGUAUGGUGUGCUUGAACUGCUAGAGCGCUUUAAUCCAGAUUGGUAUGACCAUCACGACAGAUGCAUGAGCCUUAACUUGGGCCGCACUGACGACUACUUGCUGUUUUUAGUGGGUCUCCUAGUGGGUUGCUUUAUUUUCUUUCUCAUCGUGGCCCGGUACGUCAGCACAAGCGAUCGUAUUAGUUCAAGGACACGCCGAAAUGCGACGACGUUACUGGGAGUGACGUCACAAAGAACUACAUCAAAAGUCUCUGUAAAUAAUUCAAAUGUUUAUAAAGAGAAAGACUGAAAUGCAGCCAUUUCUGAAAGGUUGCCCAUGCUCUUGUCAAAUCUUACACGAUGUCGAUUUAUUUAUCUGCUGAGUGAUGACUUUCUAGUGUGAUGUCACUUGCAGCUAAAAUUGCGUAAUAUUUAAAUGGGGUAGGGCAAUUCAAGACAAUUAUAAGAACACAGUUUUAACAAAUACUUAGACCCAGUUGGAAAUUGCAUUCCAAGAAAAAAUUAUGUAGGCUCUGUUUGUAAGACCUAGAAUCCUUCUUAAAUACAACACAAAUGCCACACCACCGCAUAGCCUCUAUUUAUCUAUAGCAUAUUUUCUGUUCCUGUAAAUAAUUUCCUAUUCUUAUAUCUUAAGGAUGAUGGAAAGGAAAACCAUUAUCGUGAUAGUCAUUUUUGAAUCACUCAGUACACGUUACUGGCAUUAUACGGUAGU